AUGGAGACCCAGUCAGUGUACAUGUGCUUCCCCUGCUACAAGGAGUUCAAUACCCUGGAAGAGGUACUCAAGCACCAGGUGACAUGCACGGCCGAGGAGGACCAGGGGGAUACGUCCCGCGUUGCGCCUGUUAUUGUUCCGAUGCUCCAGACGCAGCCACAGUUAACACAAGAGACCCUAGGCACACAGAUCCAAGUGCAAUUGGAACAAUUGCCUGAACAACCUGUUGAUGAUGCAGAGCAGAAGACUGAAGUCAUGGUGCAGGAGGCCGAGCUCAGUGAAGAUCAGUUGUUGGACCAACCGCGAAUCCUUUACCAGUGUGGGGACUGUGAAGAGCUCUUCAAGAGCCUGGACAUGUGGCAGCAUCACCGCAAAGAAGGCAUCUGUCUGAGGACCGUCAUCGUGGGCGGGCCUGACACAGAGCCACAGUCUUUUUUGCAACCCGAUGAGCCUCAGCCUAUGGCUCAGGCUGUUUUGAAUGACGACAAGCCUGCUGAAGCAGAUGGAUCGGCGGUCGUAGAGGAACCGCAGCAAGUCGGCGAGACUUCUUCAGGCAACGCUUCUGAUCAGACUGCUCCUGAGGUUGUUAAAUUGUCAUCUUCACAAGAAGAGUCCUCUGCCAGGAGGAGAGGCGCAUUAAAGAAGCCCAAACCCGAUCCUGUGCUGCUUUGCGUGGACUGCGGCUCCUGCUUCGGCCUCGUCUCUGAACUCGUGGCUCACCGCAAGACUCACGGCUUUGAGGAAGCUCUGCAUCACUGCACGGUGUGCGGUGAAAGCUUCCUUAACACCACACUUUUCCUCUACCAUCGCAAGCAACACAGGCAAAAAGGCGAAGGAAGUGCCACCUUGGCGACCGGCCUGUCGGAGAAAACGCACUUGCAGAGUAGCGUGGUGGACGAGCAAGCACCGAAUGGCGCUCAGUCAGCCUCUUCGACGCAGCGCACCGAGCUCUUCUUGUGCAUUCAGUGUGGCGCCAGCUUCAGCGAUGCUCCCACGCUGACCGUGCAUCGCAAGAUGAUGCACGACCUUGACAAUCCGCUCCACAGUUGCUCCCACUGCUCGAAGACUUUCAUGAAUACCACCCAGUACCUAUAUCAUCGCAGGCAACACCGUGUUCUGGAGUGUGGACCAAUAGAUGAAGGAGAAACUGCUGAUGAGAUGGUGUCUACACUUGAGGAAGCGGAGAGCUCAAAGCGUCCUCUAUCCUCGCCCAGCGCCACGAUGGAGUCUGAUGCACCGGUCGCAAAGAAGAGCAGGCCAGCUUUCAGGGUCAUCAGCAAAGGAAACAAAGAUUCAGGCUUAAAAGAAGACGCAGAGGUUGCAAUGACAGUGGACACCACAAACCUUCCUCCGCCUGCUAAGCUGCUGCAGGACUGGUCCCGCACUGCUUUGCCUCACGUGUGCCCCUACUGUGGCAAAACUUUCACCCGACGCGUUUUCCUGCGCACUCAUGUCUAUAGCCAUACUGGAGAAAAACUCUUCAACUGCAAGGUGUGUUCAAAGUCCUUCACGAACUCGCAGAGCCUGCUGCGUCAUACCAUGACUCACAGUGGAAACAGGCCCUUCUGCUGCGAUGUUUGUGGCAAAGACUUCACUCAGGCUGCUACUCUCAAGAGGCACCAGCUCAUUCACACUUCGAACCAGCCUCGCCGCAAGCGUGGACGCAGACCGAUCUGUGCUCCAGACAACGACGGAGUAGAUGGUCUCUUCUCGUGCCCCCUCUGUCCUUCACACUUUAACACAGAGGAGCAACUCAACCAUCACAAACUUCUUCACACCAGCAACCCGUUCCCCUGCCCGGAUUGCGGAGAGGCAUUCAGCCGCAGAAAGGACCUCGACCUGCACUCGCUCACCCAUCAAGACAAGGAGCCCGUCGUGUGUUCUCACUGCUCCGCCCAGUUCAUCAACGAGGCCGUUCUGGACAUCCACCAGCAACGCUGUACUGGUUCAGAAGAGGACAAGAACACCGGACGUGGGCGCGGACAAGGCAGAGGCCGCUCCACCGGACAGAUUGAGUGUGAUCUAUGCGGCCACCGCUGCAUGACCCAAGAGGGCCUGGACCUCCACCGACUGUCGCACACCGGCCAGACCCCACUCAAGUGCCCGGUUAGGCCUUGCCGCCGCCGUUUCAUCUCCAACAAGGCCCUCGAGGAGCACGUUCUGGCCCACUGUCAGGGCAAGAUGGGCAAGCCCAAGAACCGAGUCCGCUUUGAGUGUCAGGUCUGCUUUAAAGGAUUUGCCUACAACUCCACCUACCAAGUUCACAUGAGAACUCACACCGACGAGAGACCCUUCGAGUGCUCCACCUGCGGCAAACGCUUCCGUCAACUGCCCCACCUGCAGGACCAUGAGCGCAUCCACAGUGGCGUGCGGCCCUUUUGCUGCUGGAUCUGCGGCAAGAGCUUCAGUGUGGCGGCCCGCCUCACCGAGCAUGCUCGCACCCACAGCGGUGAGAAGCCGUACCCGUGUCCCAACUGCCCCGCCGCCUUCCGCUCCCGCUCCAACCUGGACAAACACAUCAGGCAACACGGCGACCAGGCCGCUCAGGCCGCUGAGGAAGUAGCCAGCGCCACUGAGGCGGCGCAGGUCCAGAAAGUGCUGGAGGGCGCCAAAGCACUCUCUGCACUGGCCACCACCACCACACAAGUGGAGGUAGACGACAAUGGCAUGCAGACCAUCUAUGUACUUCAGGCGGGCGAGGGAGGGGGCGAGGCAGUCAUGAUCCCCGCCGAGGAACUGAGCGGCUUGGACGGGACGUCACAGGUUGUCAUCUUGCCCUCGUCCAUGCUGGGAGCCCAGGGCAUCACCAUUCCUACCAUCACCAUGGAUGGAAGUGAGAUCACCAUGCUGGAAGCCACGCAGUCCCCGCAGCACUCUAUCGAGUUCAUUGUGGAGGAGACCAUAUGA